CGGGGCGACUGGGCUUUGGCGCGAAAUUUCAUCUCCGUGGAGGAAGGGGGAAGUUGUCGCCGCUCUGAGCCGCAGGUUGGAAUUUUUCUGUCUAGUUUCGUCGGACUUGAAAGAGUGAAUUGCAGCCCUUCGUGGAGAUAUCAUGAGCACAAAAAGCCAGAGAAAACGCAUCUAUUCAUGGGUUGGCAAGGCUAUAUCUACAGACAGACAAUUGCAGAUCUCUCAUUAUAGGGGAAUAUCUAUUAAAUGUGAAAAAAAUAUCAGUGAUAUCUGUAUUUUCCCUGGAGAGUUUAUUUUAAUAGAAGAAGAAGGAUACAAUAAUUUUUUUGUGGCACGACUCUUAAAGCUAUACGAAGAUGGUACUCAGGAGAAACAUGCAGUUGUUGAGUGGUUCUCUCGUAUUGAAGAAAUACCUCUUGGUCUCCGAAAAUCUUUGGGACAAAAAGCUUCUCAAGAGAUAUUUUUGAAUGAAAAGGCUGAAUGGGACACUGACAUAUUUGUUUCAUCUAUUGUUAGUAAUGUUGUGGUUAUUCCCUUGUCGCCAUGUGAAACGUUGCCUAUUGAAUCAAAAGAUAAGCAAAAUAUGUUCCUAAGGAAAUCCUGGGAUGGAAAAAAGCUGAAACCAUUGCAGCCUAAUUUACUGGCAGAACUGAAAAAUUCUGUGAAAAUGAAGAAUGAGAUAAAUUUUGCAACUGAGUGCCACCUGACUCCCUCCCGCUCUCUGGAAGAAACCACUGAAAAUGUCACUCAGAGUACCAAAGGAAGCAAUAAAAGUGCUGCAAAAGUAAAACUGAGGCAUUCAGUUGCUAAGUCUUCCUUGUUUAAGCAGAGACAUUCCCCAAAACUGGCCAGUGGUGACAUCCCUGGAGCAAAGAAAAGAUUACAGUUAAACACUCCUUCAAAAUCUCCUAGAAAUAUACCUACAGAGCAGCAAGAUGUGAUUGAGCUUCUAGACUAUGGUCUCACUGAAACUGCAAAACGAUCAGCCCUUAAAAGAAAAGUAAUAUUUACUGGCAUUAAAGGUUCUCCAGAAAAAAUACCUUGUGCUUCUGAUGAGGAAGAUUUGCUUUUAGAUAUCAGACCACUGGAAGAGCAGCCUGAAAGGACUACAACAAAUUUACCAACUUCAUGCCAGAGGAAUCAAGAUUCCAGUCAGAAAAUCAGUUUAGAUGAAGAACAUGAAUUGGAAACAAGGAGUCCAGCAGUGACUCCACGUUCACGGAGAAAAUGUGCACAAGUGACUGCUGCUCGAAUCGCAGAACAACUUGGUAUUUUAAGUGCAACUGGAGAUAAAGGCAAGGAUAAGAAGUGUCUUACUCCCUUGGAAAGUUCUGAUUCAAAGAGCAGUGAUGAAGAAGACAUCAAGAUGCUCCAUACACCUAAAAGGCAAACGAAAUUCACUCCUAAGGUCUCAAAGAACCAAUCCAUUGGAACGCCUACCAAGGUUCCAAGGAAUACUUCUAAGCCAAGAACUCCAAAAACUCCACAUAAUGCCACCCCAAGAAUUCGCAGCCGAAACCAAACUGCACAGAAACCAGCCAGUGUGCUAGAAGAGGCAAGAAUGAGACUGCAUGUGUCUGCUGUCCCAGAGUCCUUGCCAUGCCGUGAAAAGGAAUUCCAGGAUAUCUGUAACUUUAUAGAAAGCAAACUUCUUGACGGGACAGGAGGGUGUAUGUACAUUUCUGGAGUUCCUGGAACAGGGAAAACAGCAACAGUCCAUGAAGCUAUUCAUUAUCUUCAGCAGGCAGCAGAAAAUGAAGAGACACCAUCUUUCCAGUUUAUAGAGAUUAAUGGAAUGAAACUGACUGAUCCACACCAAGCCUAUGUGCUAAUCUUAAAGCUACUGACGGGCCAGAAGACAACUGCCAAUCAUGCUGCUGAACUUCUGAAAAAGAUGUUUUGCACACCUGGAUCAAAAAGGAAAACUGUAGUACUUGUUGUGGAUGAGCUCGAUCUCCUGUGGACUCGAAAACAAAAUGUGAUGUACAACCUCUUUGACUGGCCCACCCAGAAAAAUGCCAAGUUAAUUGUCUUGGCCAUUGCUAACACUAUGGAUUUGCCUGAAAGAAUGAUGAUGAAAAGAGUAGCCAGCAGGCUGGGCCUUACCCGAAUGUCUUUCCAGCCCUACACCUACAAACAGCUACAGCAAAUUAUUUCUUCCAGGAUCAAUCAGUUAAAAGCAUUUGAAGAGGAUGCAGUUCAGCUCAUUUCUAGAAAGGUUGCAGCUUUGUCUGGUGAUGCAAGACGUUGCCUUGAUAUCUGCAGAAGGUCCACUGAGAUCUGUGAACUUGAUAGCAAAAGAAGCAUUUCUGGAUUAGUCAACAUGGCACAUGUUAUGGAAGCCAUGGAUGAAAUGUUCUCAUCUCCAUAUAUAAAUACAAUUAGGAAUGCUUCACUGCAGGAGCAAAUCUUCUUAAAAGCCACAAUUGCCGAAUUUCACAGGUCAGGACUGGAAGAAGCUACAAUUGAGCAGGUAUUUCAUCAGCAUGUUGCGCUGUGCAGAAUUGAAGGCCUGCCAACACCUACUGUAUCAGAUAUAAUGGCAAUUUCCUCCCGACUUAGUGCUUCUAAACUCUUGCUAGCAGAGUCUAGUGCUAAAUACCUCAGCAUGCGAGUUCGACUCAAUGUUAGCCAGAAUGAUGUUAUGUAUGUACUCAGGCAAGAUCAGGAUGCCAAAAACGCUAAAUUUUAAUAAGAUUUAUUUUAAAUAAUGAUGCUGGUUAAUACUUGAAAUUUUAUUUUUAAACUUAUUUUAGCUAUUUUUGUAUUACGUUUAUAAUUAUAACUAUUUAAAAAAUAAUCCAAUUGUUCAGAAUGUUCUCAUUUAUAAAUCUAUCUCCAGUUGUUGAAGUUUAGUUAAAACAUGGUUUCACUCCACGGAGGUUCAUGCCAAUUCACCCUGUCCCAUUUUUAGAUAGCUUCCAAAAUACGAUACCCAAAAUAUUAGGCCUUCACAAAACACUGGAAAAAGAUUCAUUGCAAAGCAGUGUGAGCAAAAAGCCCUUC